CAGAGCCUUGCGUAAACUGCGUAACAUGUUUUGUAAUGUUUUUUUUAUUACAGUUGGCAGUAGUUAGCUAAACACACUCAGAGGCUGUGUUGUGUAAACCAUCUACACAGCAACUACAUCGCAAAGAAAGGAUGGCUCAAGUGCCCAAAAUUAGGCUGGCAGGGGGCUUGGAGAUCUGCCGCAUCCUGAACGGCAUGUGGCAGGUAUCAGGUGCUCAUGGUCCGGUGGAUCAUCCCAAAGCAGUGCAGGCGAUGCAAGCCUAUAUUGAUGCUGGCCUAACAACUUUUGACAUGGCAGAUAUCUAUGGACCAGCAGAGGAGAUUUUUGGACACUUCAACAGCCAGUGUGAUGCUGCACCACCCCUGCAGGGUUUGACCAAAUGGGUGCCACGACCUGGACCAAUGGACCGCAAGGUUGUGGAGAAGGCGUUGCAGCGUUCCAUGUCCCGUAUGCAGGUGGAUUCUCUGGACUGUGUGCAGUUCCACUGGUGGGACUACAGCGAUAAUAGAUACCUGCACGCCCUGGGGCACCUGUCUGAUCUGCAGCAGGAUGGCCUCAUACGAGAGCUGGCCCUCACCAACUUUGACACUCAGAGGCUUGAGGAGAUCACAGACAAAGGGAUCGGAAUCUCCAGUAACCAGGUGCAGUACUCUCUGAUCGACCAGCGGCCUGCUGCUAAGAUGGAGGCUGUCUGCCUGUCUCACGGCAUCCAGCUCCUUACCUAUGGAACUCUGGCCGGUGGUCUACUCUCAGAGCGCUAUCUGGGGAAGGCGGAGCCUACAAGCAGGGCGGAGCUCAACACCGCCUCCCUCAGUAAGUACAAGAAGGUGAUUGACGGCUGGGGAGGAUGGGGGCUGUUCCAGGAGCUGCUGGUUGCCUUGGACACGGUUGCCCAGGGCCACAGCUGCUCCAUCGCCAACGUGGCUACCCGCUAUGUUCUGGACCGGCCAGCGGUGGGCGGAGUCAUCGUGGGCUGUCGUCUCGGUGUUGCCGGGGCGGAACACAUCAAGGACAGCCUGCGCAGCUGCAGCCCAGAGUUGGAGCUCACAGCGCAAGACCUGCGCACCAUCGACAGCGUGCUGCAGCGCUCGCGUGACCUCAUGAGCCUCAUCGGAGAUUGUGGAGACGAGUACAGGAACUAGAGCAGAAUAGAAAAGAUGGACCAGAGCAUCUGGGUUGGAGGGAAGUAGAGAUAGGGUACUGGAGGAAGAACAUGUAAAUGUGUGAAUAUAUGUGUGUGUAUAGAUGGUGGGAAGUUAGAGGAUGGCAGGAGUAGAAGGAAAUGUGGCGGGAAGAGAAGGCGUGGGGGGCUGGAACUAGAAAUGGCAGAUUGGAGAGGCAUGAGGGAGAGUGAAUAGCAUGAACUAUGACAGAGCACACAGAUAUACAGCCUUUCACUUUUAUUUUGUAAAAUAAUGUCAACGUGUGAUAAAUGUUACCCUGUACCCAUGCAGUAUAAUAAAGAAUGUAAUGUA